CAAACUGCAUUAUGUAUCCUUGUUCAUCACCUUAGAGCCGAUAGCUCGGCAGCAACCAGCCAAAGAAACCGGACACGACGACACCAGCCCAUCCUGCCAUCCAGCGUACGGUAUGGCUAUGGCUAUGUCACCCAACUCCAGGAGAGAUACGACCAGUCGACCACCGGCGACCGCCGCCGCCACCGCCGCGUGCUGCUGUUCCCGCUCCCGUACCAGGGCCACGUUAAUCCUAUGUUCCAACUCGCCGGCCUCCUCCACUCGCGCGGCUUCGCCAUCACCGUCUUCCACACCGACUUCAACGCUCCCGACGCGUCCCGCCACCCUGCCUACGACUUCGUCCCCGUCCCGGACGGCACGCCGGAGAGCAACCCGGCGCAGGUGACCGCCGAGCGCAUACUCGAGCUGAACCGCGCGUGCGAGGCGCCGUUCCGGGAGCGCCUGGCCGCGCUGCUGGAGCAGGAGAACGCGCGGGACAACGUCGUCGCGUGCCUGGUCGGCGACGCGCACCUGCUGACGCUGCUGGAGGUGGCGCGGGGGCUCGGCGUGCCCACAAUGGUGCUGCGAACCACCAGCGCCGCGUGCUUCCGCUGCUUCUUGGCUUAUCCCAUGCUUCACCAAAUGGGUUAUCUGCCUCCCCAAGAGUCGAAGCUGUACAUGCCGGUGAAGGAGUUGACACCGCUACCGGUAAGGGACCUCUACUACUCGAGAACGGGCGACAAUGAAGGGGUGAGCAAAUUGCUCGCUCGAGCCACUGAAGCAGUGAAGAAUUCCUCCGGUCUAGUGAUCAACGCAUGUGACGCAUUGGAGGCAACGGAGCUGGAGACGAUCCGUGAUCAGCUCAACAUCCCCCUGGUACUCGCUGUCGGCCCUCUCCACAAGCUUUCUUCCGAGAGCACGGGGAGUAGCCUACUGAACCAGGACUACGGCUGCAUUGAGUGGCUGGAGACGCAGCCGUCUGGAUCUGUGCUGUACGUCAGCUUCGGGAGCCUGGCAUCCAUGGACUCCAGGGAGUUCUUGGAGGUGGCUUCGGGUUUGGCGAACAGUGGCCUUCCUUUUCUAUGGGUGGUUCGGCCAGACGUAGUAGUGGUAGUGCAGGGUUUGGACGGUCCAGAUUUUCCAAACGGCUUCGAGGCUGCAGUGGAGGGCAGAGGAAAGGUGGUCCGAUGGGCGCCGCAGCAGCAGGUGCUGGCGCACCGGGCGGUGGGUGGGUUUUGGACUCACUGCGGAUGGAAUUCGACGCUGGAGAGCAUCAGCGAGGGCGUUCCGAUGAUAUGCAGGCCCUGCUUCGCGGAUCAGAUGAUGAACGCGAGGUACGUGGAGGAAGCCUGGGGUGUAGGGUUUGCGCUGGAAGGCGAGCUGGAAAGAGGCAAGAUUGUUAGGGCUAUCAGGAAGCUAAUGAAGGAGAGGGAGGGUGAUGCGAUGAGGGAAAGAGCCAUGGAGCUCAAGAACAGAAUGGAAGACGGCUUCAAGAUUGGUGGGUCUUCUCACAAUGCCAUAGACAAGAUGGUCAGCUACUUUCUUUCUAUGUGAGCCUUCUUUUCGGGAAUAUGCUGUGUUACUUCGAAGAAGUUCUUAGCCAUAUUGUAUUUGUUCUAGAAAAGCAAUCGAAUUUCAUCAUAUAUAUGGUUUUGUUCCUCUA